AUGGCGAGCCCCAGCGCGGAAGUGCGGCGCCUCGAGCGCGUGUCCUCCUCCUCCCUGCUCGUGAGCCCGCCCCCGAGCCGCAGCCUCUCGCGCAAGCGCUCGCACAACGCCGCGGAACCAGAUGCCAGCAAGGCCUCGAGCAGCCUCAAGAGCAGCGCGCUGGGCGUGCCCAGCGCCAAGAAGAGCAAGAAGGACGCCUCCUCCGGCUCCGGCUGCAGCGCCAGCAGCAACAAGAGCGCGUCGGACCGCUUCAUCCCCACGCGCAGCGCCAUGAACUUGGACCUGGUGCAGUGCAACUCGCCCGACACUGCGGCAGCCAUCGAGGCUGCCACCAACAGGAACAAGGCCAGCCCCAGCCGCACAGGAGGCAACUCAGGCGCCGGUAGCAGCGCAGCGGAGGACGAGGAGAAGCAGAUCUACAAGAAAAGGCUGGCCAGUGCCCUGCUGGGCAAGGAGGACGACUCGAACCACAAGAUCCUCAAGUUCAGCAAGGCCAAACCGGCCGUGGCACCCCCGGACUCGUUCAAGUCCACGCUGCAGGCCAGAUUCUCGCACAAUAAGGUGAGCGCAGUGCCCGCGGCGGCGGCGAAGAAGCUCAACCGCCACGUCCCCUCGGCGCCGAUCAAGUGUGUGUACCUCUGGAACGCGGUUUCUGGUGAGAUCGACGAGCUGAUGGCCCUUGAUGGAGACGAGUACGUGAGUUCCGUGCAGUGGAGUGAUGCGGCCGGUGGAUCGGCGCAUCUGGCUAUUGGAACUAGCGAGUCGGUGGUGCAGUUGUGGGAUGUGGCGGCAUCGCGUCAGGUCCGAACGAUGAACGGACACUCGUCGCGCGUGGGCGCGCUGGCAUGGAACAGCUACGUGCUCUCGUCGGGGUCGCGUGACAGCACUAUCAUCCACCACGAUGUUCGCGCACGGCAGCACCAGCUCUCGACGCUGACGAGCCAUGAACAGGAAGUGUGCGGACUGCAGUGGUCUCCCGAUGGUACUAUGCUAGCGUCAGGUGGCAACGACAACGCUCUGUGUCUGUGGAAGGCCGGCAGCAUUGGCAGUAGCCGCAGUAUGCAGACCCCUGCGCACCGGUUAGAACAGCACACAGCCGCAGUGAAGGCGAUUGCGUGGUGCCCGUGGGAGCGCAACCUGCUUGCCACGGGCGGCGGUACUGCUGAUCGCACGAUCAAGUUUUGGAACACAACGAACGGAGCGAUGCUAAGUUCCGUCGACACAGGAUCGCAGGUGUGCUCGCUGCUUUGGUCGACGACGGAGAAGGAGCUGUUGUCGUCGCAUGGAUACUCGCAAAACGAGCUGUGUCUGUGGAAGUACCCCAGCAUGACCAAGGUAAAGGAACUCACAGGCCACACCUCUCGUGUGCUGCACUUGGCAGCUUCGCCUGAUGGAGAAACGGUGGUUUCCGGCGCAGCCGAUGAAACUCUACGAUUUUGGAAGGUAUUCGGUCCCAACCGCAAAGCACGGAAGGCCGGCUCAAGCACUGCUGAGCUGAGCAGUUCGUCGCUGUCGAGCGUCAUGAGCAUUCGAUAA